CGAAUUUAAUUGUCCUGAGUGUUCUCCUCCAGCCUCCAAUUACACUGUGGAACCGACCAAGGGUUUUUUAUUGGUAUUUCAGGACUGCAGAGUAUUUCCUCUGUUGUUCAGACACAUGCUGGGAUAAUGCCAUUGAGAUUAGUGAGGAACGCCAAGACUGCCUUGCCCUGCACGGCCAGACACAUCUACACGACACAGGCACAACACACACACACACACAACCGCAUGCAUGCUUUCACACAUGCUAAACCUCUCACACCUCGUACUGCUUUUGAACCCAUUAAACCCGGUUCACCACCAGUGACACUACCAGGGAUAGACCAGUACUUGGUUUCUCACUUCUGACUAUGCUAAUACUGGGAAGUGUGUGUUUUUGUGAGUUUAAUGCAGCAGCUGAAUUAUGUGGUCAGUCAGUGUUUGAUUGCUGGACUGUAAUCCUGAACAUCAGAUUAAAUUCACAUGUAAUCCCUGCCUGACCCUAACACUUACUCUCACAAUGCUCCACCUAUGGCCUCUCAUAACACACACAAACACAAGCACACACCCUCUCUGUCCCACAUGGAGAUAACCUGUGCAUUGUAUUUCUCCUCUUGCUAUUACCUAGGUUUGUUUAACUGUCUCAGUCUGUCUCUGUGUUACGCAAUCCCACAAACAGGACAGUUGUUUUAGUUUCCCUCUAAUGUCAGUCAUACAUUUUAUUAGAGUUUAUGCAGGAUCAGUACUGUGGGACUGGGAGCACAGUCUCUAAGCUGCUUAACUCCUCGCUGAGUCAGACACGUGUGUUUUACCGAGGAGGGAGACCCUACUGGGGUUACAGGACCAGAGACAGAGGGCUGAAUCCUAACAUCAAUCCUAACAUGCAAAUCACAACUUUGUGAAAAUAUCCCAUUGAUCAGUAGAUAGUCAGGAUCUCAAGUUAGUGUUUCAACUUGGCACCGCAACAACACCUGGGACACCUGUGACCCACAGCAACAACACCUGGGACAUCUGUGACCCACAGCAACAACACCUGGGAUUCACAGCAACAACACCUGGGGAACCUGGGAUUCACAGCAACAACACCUGGGAUUCACAGCAACAACACAUGGGACACCUGUGACCCACAGCAACAACACCUGGGACAUCUGGGACCCACAGCAACAACACCUGGGACAUCUGUGACCCACAGCAACAGCACCUGGGACAUCUGUGACCCACAGCAACAGCACCUGGGACACCUGUGACCCACAACAACAGCACCUGGGACAUCUGGGACCCACAGCAACAACACCUGGGACCCACAGCAACAACACCUUCACAUAAAGUAGGAUUUUAAUAGCGCCCCCUUUCAUGUGGUAGACCAUUCAGUCAAGUACAGAUGUCCAUUAGUCAUCUAACCCUCAUUGUUGAUUUAGGACAUCUCAUUAUUCCCUUUGAGGUGUUUAAACAUGUUCAUGAAAUAAUGAAGUGUAACAGUCUUUUUCCAGCGGCCCUGUCAGAGAACCUAAUCCUCUCCACCUGGUCUUUCCUUUGUAACUUUAAUCUUUUUUUGCUUUUCAGUGUAUUUUUGUAAUUACACGGCUCAUCUGUAAAAUAAACCCUGGUCUCAGCAUGACUCCCUGUCAAAAUAAGGGUUAAAUCAAAUAAGUAUUUAGAUCCCACAUAAGGAGCAUUUCUAAGAAUCCAACAGCUGUUUCUCAAAAAACUUUCUCUCUGAUGAUGCUACGGUGUUAGUUUAAUAUGGGGGAAGUGCAGAUAUUUUCAUGAGCUAGUGAAUAGUAACUAGUCAAAGUAGCCCAGACUAGUUACAGACAGAUCUUUGUCUGAGCUGAUGGGUUAACUAAAUGUCUUAGCUUUACAAUAACACAGUUGUGUAAAUUACUUAAGUAAAAAAUACUUUAAAGUACUAAUGAAGUCAUUUUGGGGGGUAUCUGUACUUUACUUUACUAUUUAGCAAUGUGACCUGACUAUUAAAAAAAACAAGAAUUAUGCCAUCUGGUUUGCUUAUUAUAAGGAAUAUGAAAUUAUUUAUACUUUUGAUAUUUAAGUAUAAUAGAGCAAUUACAUUUUACUUUUGAUACACAAGUAAUAUUUUACUGGGUGACUUUUACUCACGUCAUUUUGUAUUACGGUAUCUUUACUUUUACUCAAGUAUGACAAUUGGGUACUUUUUCCACUACUGCAAUAACAUGCUCCGGAUCUGAGCUACCUAUAUACUGUGUAUAUAUAUAUAUUUAGACAGCUUAUAGAGAGCCUCUGUCUUUACCUCUCUGCUCCGGAUGGCUGGCCCACUGCGCAGUGCUGCCUCUGACAACAACAGUGAUUGGUCUGUGAGAAUAGACAGGUAUAAUGCGUCUUAAUCCAAUUCUAGCUACAGGGGUGCCUGCUCCUACAGUCACAAUGGAGCUCAUUGCCUUCCUCAGGGACACUCCUCAUUUUGUGGUCUCAACUGGCCCUUCUCUGGAUAGUUUGAAGGAUUUAUUUCUGAAAUGAGGGGAUUGAUGCUCUGUGUUUUUGCCCUGGCGAUGUUAACAGCUUCUGCAGAUGAGGAUGAUCAGGAGCAACGGGAGGAGGUACCUCUGCAGUGUUUCCGCUGUGACCUGGGCUUUUGGGAUGCCUGCUACACCACCAAAACCAACUGCAAUAUCGGGGAGAAGUGCUACACUGGCCGAGGGAAGGCAGGUGAUGUGUUGGAAGUUAAGUUGCUGGGCUGUGUCAAGGCGAAGGAGUGUGAGCUGGUGACCAAUGUGGAGCUCUUCUCCAACACAACCAUCUACAUGAUGACCAGGCACUGCUGCGACACACACUUCUGCAACACCGGACACACACUACCCCUCAACACACUCCUCUCCCUGUCACUGACUACAAUAACCAUGAUCCUCACCUUCAACAGACUACAAUAACCACCAUGCACCAUAAAGUCCCCAGCAGCACACAUUUAUUCCAUUUUCUUAAUUCUGUUAAUAUUCUGUGUUUAUUUGUCAAGGAAUAUGGACAGUAAUUAACAUAUGUGGAUGUGCCAGAUUGAGGCGAAAGUCUCAUGUUCAACCCUUAGAAGCUGUCUCUGGGCUUGGGAAAAAUUGGUUAGAUGGUUUUAUGGAAUUCAAUUUUGAAUAAAUGUAAUUUUCUCAUUCUGUUGUUGGCAUAAACUAAAAAAGGAGACAGAAAAUAAAAUCCAAUCAUAUUUAUUGAACAUUCUGAAUUGUAACUGAAUAACAUAAUACGAAUUUACAUUGUCCUCAAUCUUGGUUGGGAUAUUUUAAACACGUCAAAAUUACUUUUAUGUUCUCCUCCAAACCUAAAUAUUUCCAUAGAGAAUACUACAGUAUCUCCCAUUGACUUUAGUGUUAUGGUAAAUCCUAAAGUAGUAUGCAUCAAUCUCUCAGACCCAUAGGCACAGAUCUAGGAUCAUCUUAACCUCUCUAAAACCAUCAGCAUCUUGGUGCAACUUCCUCCUACAGUCAGUGAAGCUGAGGUCAUACUGGUAUACAGUAGUGUUGCUGUUAGACAGACAACAGUAGCGGUGCUGUUAGACAGACAACAGUAGCGGUGCUGUUAGACAGACAACAGUAGCGGUGCUGUUAGACAGACAACAGUAGCGGUGCUGUUAGACAGACAACAGUAGCGGUGCUGUUAGACAGACAACAGUAGCGUGCUGUUAGACAGACAACAGUAGCGGUGCUGUUAGACAGACAACAGUAGUGUUGCUGUUAGACAGACAACAGUAGCGGUGCUGUU